AUGCAACCACUACAAGUAGACCCAGGUUCCAUCCAUGAAAACUCGUCACUACGUCCUUCCCAUCCAAUGAAAGAUCUUGAUCAUUCAAAUGUACACUUCUCAUUCGAAAACCUUCCAGUCACGUUGCAUCUUUUUAAUUUGUAUUGGAGAGAACACAUUCAUUCCCGUUCAUCCUCACAAAUUCAAAUACUUGUCAAAAAAUUCAAACAUCGCAUGCGACAGUAUCCGAAACCUUUUCAAAUGCGUUUCACAUUGAUUCAUUCAUUGGGAACAACAGAUGAGAGUGGCACCGAUGACAAUCACUUUUCUUAUCCUUCAGAUGUCAAAGUAUCAUAUAAUCAUUCAUGCAUCAUUGUUUGUGAUCAUAUGAAUGGAAGACUUCAAUUAUUCCAUUUAAAUACAAAGAAAUUUAUGACAAGUAUUUCACAUACUCUAACCCUGACUCAUCCCAUCACUCAAAUUGUCGAACAAAGUUACAAAGGAUGUUACGAAGACGCAAUCAUCUUUGCAGGAGUUGCCGAUGCCAUGUACAAGUUUGAUUUGGGAGAAUUAAUUGAACAAGCAAAAGAACGUCCUAAUGAGCCUCUUCCAUACAUUUGGAAACAUGAAAAAUUCAAUUGUCCUCGCGGAAUUACAGUCACAAAUUGCAAAGUUUAUGUCAGCGAUAUGUAUGAGAAUUUAGUGAAAAUUUUGGACUCUGUGAAUGGUCAACUGCUUUGCUCGAUGAGUAUUCAGAGUCCGACUGGCGUUGAUUUUACAUCGAAAGGGCUCUUAUUGAUUGGACAAGGAGAUCCCUUGCAUUGUGUGAACAUGUUUCAACAUGGAGAAAGUUCAGCCUUAAACGACUGGAAAUCCAUGAAACAAUGUGGACAUGGAGGAGAGCAUUCAACAAUAUUUAAAACGCCCUAUUCCGUUGUUUAUGACAAGACUGCAAAGAAUUUUAUUGUAAGCGAUACAGAUAAUAAUCGAAUACAAAUUUUAUCAGAGGAUGGGCAGUUGUUGAGAGUUUUUGGAAGUUUUGGAACAAAUUGGAGAGAAUUUAAGAAUCCAUGUGGAAUGACUUUGAAUGAACAACAUGGUGAAUUAAUGGUAUGCGACACGGAAAAUCAUCGAAUUCAAAUUUUUCAAUGA